AUGGAUAGACAAGGUUUAGGAACCAUGAGUAUUCCCAUGAUUAACCCUUUCAAUUGGGGCUAUAAUGGUACAGUGAAACAUAUCAUUUCACAAGAUGGAACUACUGCCCUGAAUUUAAAGGAUUCGAAAGGUACUUUACAAUUCCAUCAAUUUGUUUCGGAUAAUAUUCCUACAUUGAGAAAUGGUUCCAAUUUUAAAUUAAACCCUUUCCUAUUUACAGGUAUCUUACAAACUAUGUAUUUAGCAUCUGCUGAUUUUUCUUCAAAAUUCAAUGUUUUCUAUGGUAGAGAAAUCAAGAAUUUUUCAGAUGAUGGGAUUGCUACUAUUGAUUGGGUUAUGACUAAACACUGGCAGAAACAAUAUAAUAUAACUGAGACUAGUAAUGGUGGUAUGAAGUUUGAUACUGAUAAAUUUGAAACUGAUAGACAAGAAACUCACCCAGCUGAUUGGCCUCGUUUACACCCUAGAACAAGAUUCUUGAAAAAAGAGGAAUUGGAUUUAAUUCAUGAUGACCCUUCAGAAUUUAAGAAGCCUCUAGUAAUUAUUAUUCAUGGUGUUGCUGGUGGAUCUCACGAACCUAUUAUUAGAUCUUUGGCCCAAGAAAUUUCAUCUAUUAAUAACGGUAAUAAAUUCCAAGUUUGCGUCUUAAAUGCUCGUGGUUGUGCUCGUUCCAAGAUCUCCAACAAGAAAUUAUAUUCUGCUCUACAUAUUCAAGAUAUGGAAGAAUUUAUUAAAACACAAAAAUUACAAUAUCCAAAUAGAAAGAUUUAUGCAGUUGGGUUUUCCUUUGGGGCUGCUCAAUUGGGUAACUAUUUAGGUAUGAGAGGUGAAAAUACUGCGUUAAAUGCUGCUUGUACCGUCUCAGGUCCAUGGGAUUUAGUAUCAUCUUGUUUGAAGUUAAAGCAAGAUUUCUGGUCCAAUAAAUUAUUUUCAAAAGCCAUUACUCAGUUCUUAACAAGAUUAGUUAAAGUCAACAUGGGUGAAUUAGAAGUUCCAGAAGGCUAUGAACCCGAAUGUAAACCAACUCCAGAAAACCCAAUAUUUUACACUUGUACAAAAUCUAAUGUAAAAAAGGCAAAAACAUUAACUUCCACUAUUGAAUUUGAUGGAAUGUUUACUGCUCCAUCUUUAGGGUUCAACUCCGCAUUAGAAUAUUAUAGAGAGGCAAGUCCAAGAAAUAAUUUGGAAAAUAUAAAGACCCCAACAUUGGUAAUCAACUCCACUGAUGAUCCAAUUAUUGGGUUGGAGAGUAUCCCAAUUGAAUCUAAAAUGAAUCCAAACAUUCUAUUGUGUGAAACUGAUCUGGGUGGCCAUUUGGCCUAUUUAGAUAGUAACUAUGAUUCUUGGAUGACAAAACAAGUGGCUCAAUUCUUUUACAAAUUUGAUGAAUUAGUUUUGUAA